AUGCCUCUUCACCUUCUCGGCAAGAAGUCAUGGAACGUCUACAACCCAGCGAACAUCGAGCGCGUUCGGCGCGACGAGGCUCAGGCCAAAGCCCAAGAAGAGGAGGAAGAGCGUCUCAUGCAAGAAGCUGAUGCUGAACGAAGGAUUCAGAUACUCCGCGGCGAACGGCCUUCAACACCACCUCCGCCGCCCCCAACGCCGUCCGGCCGCCCACAAGAGAGGAAAAGUCAUACAGAGGAUGCAGGCCGAUUUAGAAAGAGAAGGCGCUUAGCCGGAGAGGAUGAUACAGAUAGAGACAUUAGAUUUGCACAGGAAGACGCACAGUUGGCGCUGGAUAGACGGGCGCAACAAGCCGCUGCUCGGUCAAGCGAUGCGCCACUUCAUGAUAGUACUGGUCACAUUGAUCUGUUCCCUUCAGAGGCGAAGCGCAAGCCCGUGGAACAGAAUGCAGAGGCAGAAAAGGAGGCGAAAGACAAGAAACGAGAGCUCGAAGACCAAUACACGAUGCGAUUCUCUAAUGCGGCUGGGUUUCGACAAUCUGUUGGACAAGACCCUUGGUAUUCGUCUUCGCAACGCGAGGGCGCAGCUGCUGAAUCCAUGCCAAGCAAGGACGUCUGGGGAAAUGAGGACCCAUUAAGGAGAGAAAGGGAGAAGGCCCGGAUGGAUGCAAAUGACCCGCUCGCGGCGAUGAGAAAGGGCGUCCGCCAGUUGAAGACGGUUGAGCAGGAGAGGAAAAGGUGGAAUGAGGAACGAAGUCGAGAGCUGGAAGCUCUGAAGGCUUCGGAGAAGCAUCGAUCUUCUCAUCGCAGCGUCGAGAUGACAAGGAUGGAAGAUCCCGUCGACACCAUCGGCAUCGUAGAGAUAGAAGUCGAGAUCGUUCGCAUCGACGAACCUCCCAUUCUGAUUCGCGGUCUCAUCGUUCUCAUCAUGAUCGACACCACCGACACAGGGAUUCCAGACGCCAUGACGAAGACUCCCGAUCGAGACGUUGAAGUGUUCAACUUCGCACUCACACCAGAACUUCAUGGGCAGCUUACAACUCUAGGCUCUCUUGUACACGAUCUAAAGCUACAUUCGUUGAGUCGUACUCUUAGUCGAUGGAAGCAGGUAGCGAGCCUUGUCUAUGACUAA